AUGGAUUCAGAGGACGAUAUUAUAGUUUUGUCUCAGACAAUUUUUGGAUCCGAUGAAGAUCUUGUGGAUAAUUGUCCUACUGUUGAUUCCUCAGUGAGGAACAACGAUGAACGUGAGAAAUCUGAUUCACUCGGUGAAAUUCCGUUUACUAAAAGUUGUUUUUAUUUUUCGCUUUGUAUAUUCAGCUUCGACGCCAACAAGUCAACGAAGGGUGCGUCCAAGCUGCGACGAGAUCUCAUUAACUCAGAGAUCGCGAAUCUGCGAGACUUGCUUCCUUUGCCGUCCUCCACUCGACAGAGACUGUCCCAGCUUCAGUUGAUGGCUCUGGUCUGUGUCUACAUGAGAAAAGCUAAUUAUUUCCAGCAUGUAUUUCGUAAACAUGACCUGUUGGCCGAUCCCCACAUCCCUCACUUUGGAUUUUCUAAGGCUCUCAGCGGAUUCCUUAUGAUGAUGACGCAGAAUGGAAAACUGCUAUACAUAUCGGACAACGCUGCAGAAUAUCUGGGCCACUCCAUGGAAGACCUAUUGAUUCAUGGUGAUAGCGUGUAUGACAUCAUCGAAAAGCAGGAUCACCAGAGCAUCCAAACAGAGCUUAUGAGAAAUCCUAACCCUCUCAGUUUGAUUCCUGAUACUCGCAUGUUUCUUUGUCGUAUGAACGUCUCCAGAAAUGCUCGUAGACAGAUGAGAUUUGGAGACCAAAAGGUGGUGUUGGUUCAGGGUCACUUUGUCAGUUUUCUGCCGUUAUGUAGCCGUAAUGAGCCAGUGUUCUUAGCAAUUUGUACGCCAGUUGCAAUGCCAGAAACAAGAGAGUGUGUGGUGCAGGGAAGCACCUCAGUCUUUACGUCUAUUCACUCCAUGAACAUGAAAUUUAUGCAUAUCGAUAAAAACGGAGAGUUCUACUUAGGUUACAACAAGUCAAGCCUCCAAGGUGUGUCCUGGUACGAACUCGUACAUUGGGAUCAUUUAAGAGAAGCUCAGUCCAAACACAGGCUGAUCACGCAAUCCGAGCAGGAACGUUCUUGUAUAAUGUUACUCCGGCUUCAGACCACCACUGGGAGCUGGUUAUGGGUGCACGCUGUGCUACAGGUUAAAGACAGUUCAGAUAGCUCCCAACAGCCGGUCAUCGUCUGUACCAAUCAAGUCCUCAGCGAGAGAGAAGCUGCUGUAAUGCAGGUAAACAGCUGGCUCUAUCAAUUCUACUCCUUACAGUCCAAAAUGCAUUAUGGGAUUGGCUAUGAGACUCAUUCCACACGUCUUCCAAGUUACUAUCCUACCGUGAUGUCGUACCACCACUCUCCGCCAACAGAGGGCACACUUCCGCCAACACCUUAUCACAUUCACCACCACCCUGGAACUCCCUUGAACGGGUCCUCUCAACAUCCCGGUGUUCUCCAGUUUGGUUCAUCUUCCCACCAAAGCGGACUGCCCGUGCCUUAUUCCAGUAUUCCAGUUGGAACAGAUGGAUCCCUGAAAAGGGCACUCUCUCCUUGUAUCGAAGAAACUGAAAUAAAACCAAAAAUACAAAAUUUUAACAGGUCCUCUUUUCCUUAUUCAUCUUCUACUUUUAGCAAUGGAUUUGGAUUACCAGUCCAUGUUUCAGAAAUUAGUGCGAUGUCACCCCCAUCUGACUACUAUGGAAGCUCCCAAGUGCUUUUAACUGUCCCUUAUCACCACCUAGGAGGAAUUCAUACUCAGAAGCUCGUGACAGCGGAUGAGACAGUGACAGAUGUAGAACAGUCCUUAACUCCUACUAACACAGAUGAUGUGUCAAACAUGAUUUCUUCCAUUCAUUACCCUCGUGACGUCACUUCCUAUGUGCCAUCAGGAUCGACGAUCUCUGCCAUCCUUUCCGAAAGUACUAGAAUCCUCGCCGACAGUGCCGAAGACGUUUCUCGAUCCCUAAAAGACCUUCGACCUCUUUCAGACUUCCGUCCUCAUCAAAUAAUUAACAGUGACAGUGCUACGAAAACAUCGUCCAGAUUGGGCAGUGCUUUUUUUCCGCGUUUGAGAUAUAGCGUGGAGACUUGUCAUACUGGUAUGAUUGAUGCUAUUGCAAAAGACACAAAUUGCCGGAAAGCCUUUGGAGACAGGGCGUUUACUAAGCAUCCUCGAGUAGACAUUGGAAGAUUCUAUGAUCAUGAACAUUCCCUAAACUACCAGAACAGUUUCCAACUUGCGUAUGCAGCAGGUUGUGGGGAAUACCGUUCGUCCUUCCAGAUGCCAAAUCGGUCCAACUUUGCAGAUCGGCAAGGCCUCAAGAAUAUGAUGGAUCUGAAUCGAAACGGUUCACUGGUUCCUAUUGGCUCUCCUCUUGAAAAUUACCAUAACGGCAGCUCAGGUGGUCUUGCUCACUAUCACUUGUCAGACAGUGGUCUUUCCUCAUCUCCUCAGCAGUUAAGUAGCUCUAGUCUAGUCCACAGAAAAUACAACCACCACUCUCCAGGAAAUCUCUCGUCCAGUUUCGUCGAGAAUUGGAAGGAGCAGCCUCAAGGUCCUUCUUAAUAUAUCCUCUUCUCUUGACUGUGCUACUGUGAUUAUUAAUGAGCAGGACUGUAUAUAAUGUAUGACAUAUUGUCAGCAACAGUGUCAAUAGCAUUCCACCAAGCAUCAUGCCUAAGUAACUUUUUCAUGUUUCAUACUACUCCUGAACAAUGUGAUAAAACGCUAUUUAGAUCAAAUUAUGUUGAUGUAAUGCUCUCAUCAGUGUUCAAUAAUUUAUUUAUGUGUUAACAUUCUUAUUUGAUCAAAAAUUUGUGUUAUUGAUCAUGAUUAUCCUGGAACUAAGAAACUUUAUUGACAAUUUUUAAUUGUGAUUAAUCAACAAAUCUCCGGAGAAAGCAGCGUUUAAGUUAAUGAAUCCAUUCAUAUUUAAUGAUACGCCCCAGAAAAAAAAAUCUGUAAUAUUCCUCUCCAAUAAUUUGAUACAGACUUCAAUUAGAAGUUUCCAUUAACGUUUUCUUUCUACUAUAUGGCAUUUAACCACGAAUCGCUAUAUACAUAUUGGAACUGUGAUUUUUACUUUCUCUCGUUAUAUUCAUACUCACAAAAAUAAAAUUAUAUAUAUAUUUCUUUGCAAUA